UUUUUUUAUAUAAAAAAGGGAGUGCUAAAGGAGUCAUUCAGAAGUGAGUGAAGGGGCAAAAAAGCUCAUUUCUUUCAUUCAGGAAUGGACACUGGACCAGAAUGAAAUGUGGGAAUAUCGGGAUUGGCAGAUUUGUUAUAUUGAAAUAAGCCUCAACUCAACACGACUAGUGAAUUCAAAUUAUAGUCACUUGCGGAUUUCUUAAAAUUGUUGUAGUGUAGUGUAGUAUUGUGGUUUUUCAGUAAAGACCCCGACCUAUAAAUAUUCACAGCCCGGCUCAUACGGGCGGACAAUAUUCACCCAGAGCCCCGUUGCGACCGCAAUGCUGUUCUUGAAGGACCUUACCUUAGAGUAGAGCAAAAAAAGGGAAUAGAAGUUAGGAAGACUACUGACGUAGGGCGGCGGGUGAGCUCAACCUCGAACCAAACAAGCAACGGAUUGAGCAACUAGCGCUAGGCGCAUCCUCUUGCUCCUUAACGACCGAGGGAUGAAAUCUUUCGACGACUAGGGAGGCCCGAGACCGAUUCCUGUGGAUCACUAUAGAAUCUUCUGGAAGCAAGCUAGGCUACCUUCUGGCUAGCUCUGCCAUCUUAGAAAAAUUCCUUCGCGCUUAGCUUAGUAAGCUAGCUUGGUAAGCUAAGCAAGCCUGGUUCUCCGGGCACUAUGGUAGGACGUGGAUCGAUCAUGACGAGAAUGGACUUCUCCGUCAUGUAAUGGUUUAGAAGAGUCACGGUCCAGUUCCCCGCCGGGCUUUUUCCCUUCUCGACUAGACGAAGGAGAUAUUCAUUCCAUUCAGGCAGGUGAGGAAGGGCGGCGUCGGCUUGACCCUGUCUUCUCUGGGUCGGAGGCUAAGUUUAUCAUUCAGUGGUGAGGUGUUCAUAGAAAGCAAGGCCUCGCCCAACGCAACGAGUGGCGGAUUUGGUUUGGAUGGGGUCUCGUCUCGCUUGGACGCUGGGGAGAUCUGGAUAGAGUCUUUCUCGCUCAGUAAAGAAGAGUACGCGCGCUACGGCUUACGCAGUGGAUCUUCGGGCAACCGGCACAUCCAAUUCCGAUCAACAACUUGGAUGGAGGUAUGGCUGAGUGGCUUAAGGCAUUGGUUUGCUAAAUCGACAUACAAGAAGAUUGUAUCAUGGGUUCGAAUCCCAUUUCCUCCGGUUGAACGGGCGGGCGAAAUUACGUGAGAGAAAGAACCUCAGAUUGAUGGAGUCCGCCGUCGGACAGAAUAGCACUACUUAGUGACUAGGAGCGGAGCGCCCCUUUCUUGUUCUUGGUGGCGUCUAUAGCGAAGAAGACCUUCCCGAACGAGGGCCGUCCAGUCCCUGGGCGGCUCUCGGUUCUUGAGCAAGCUCCUCCACUGCGGGUAGGAUGCUCAUAGAUGAAGAAAAGAGACUUUAGGCAAGUGGUUCUGGUAGCUCAGCUGGUUAGAGCAAAGGACUUAAAAUCCUUUUUUGCUUGUUUCAGUGGGAAGAGCAAGGGGCAUUGCCCUUGAAAUCCUUCAGUGGUUCGAAUCCACAUCUGAGCGUCUUUUUUUUUCGGUAUGCCGCUCCGCGAGCAAGGAGCGCCGCGAGGAGAGCGAGAGAACGAAGUGGGCUUUGGUGAUGUCGGAAUUUGCACCUAUUUGUAUCUAUUUAGUGAUCAGUCCGCUAGUUUCUUUGAUUCCACUCGGUGUUCCUUUUCCAUUUGCUUCCAAUAGUUCGACCUAUCCAGAAAAAUUGUCGGCCUACGAAUGUGGUUCCGAUCCCUCCGGUGAUGCCAGAAGUCGUUUCGAUAUACGAUUUUAUCCGGUUCCUAUUUUAUUUAUUAUCCCUGACCCGGAAGUCACCUUUUCUUUUCCUUGGGCAGUACCUCCUAACAAGAUUGAUCUGUUUGGAUCUUGGUCCAUGAUGGCCUUUUUAUUGAUUUUGACGAUUGGAUCUCUCUAUGAAUGGAAAAGGGGUGCUUCGGAUCGGGAGUAACCACUAGUGAAAGGGCUAAGGGGGGAAGGACAUAGGAAAGAGGGAUGCCUACAAAAAAUCAAUUGAUUCGUCAUGGUAGAGAAGAAAAACGGCGCACGGACCGUACUCGAGCUUCGGAUCAAUGUCCCCAGAAGCAAGGAGUAUGCCUGCGUGUUUCGACGAGAACACCGAAAAAACCUAAUUCAGCUCUACGUAAGAUAGCAAAAGUACGGUUGAGCAAUCGACAUGAUAUAUUUGCUCACAUUCCAGGCGAAGGUCAUAAUUCGCAGGAACAUUCUAUAGUCUUAGUCAGAGGGGGUAGAGUGAAAGAUUCGCCAGGUGUGAAAUCCCAUCGUAUUCGAGGAGUAAAGGAUUUGCUGGGAAUUCCGGAUCGUAGAAAGGGAAGAUCUAAAUAUGGCGCAGAAAGACCAAAAUCUAAAUGAAUGGAAGAUGCCUCUGGAACUUAUUGGUUAUUUUGGGGGGGCGAUAUGGAAGCAGCUAGCUUCCUUUCCCUUAUUACGUUACCAGCCCACCGCUAUUCCAAAAACCUUAGCUUCAUAUGGCUCCUCUAUGAUCAGGUUCUCAAAAGAAUUUCCUUUCCUUGGAAAAACCAAGGACAACCCCUAUCUCAGUCUCCUUUCUCUUUUGGGAGCAGAGCUGAGCUUCAAAGUUUAGAGUAACUAUGAGAUGAGAUUUAGUGGAAUGGAUAUGAAGAAAAGAAAAAUGCUCUUUUCCUUCUUUAUCUUUUUUAUCAUCUCUUCUAUUUUUGUCUUACUGGGGGGGACGCACUGGUCUUACGACUUGCUUACUCACUGAGCAAGGAAGCCUUAGUCAGGCUCUUACUUCGGAAUGGCUGCUCCUCCGUGACUCUCAUCAUGGCCGUUGGAUUCGCUCUACGGGCCUUCUUCCUCGCUACCGGAGGGGGGCUAUCCAUGGCAAAUUACAUGAUGCACGGAGCAGCCGAAUCCUCCAAUUCGGCCUUAUUUACUUAUACUUCCGAUUCCUAUUUGGUAGAGGAUUCGGCCAGUUCCGGGCGUAGUAGAAGUACCACCUCGUCGGUCAAUCAACCGCUUCAGGGGGAACAAGCUACGCCUCCCGCUCUUCCUGUUAUGCAGGAAGCAGCUAAUCGGGCUCCGCCCUACGUCCCCUACCCCCAUCAACUAAAUGAAAUAAUAGGAGGGGAUAGCGUAGAAUCCAUUCAGAGGCGGCUGUUGGGGACUAAUUGGAAUCCUUCAGCCCAUGACAUAAGAAUGGCCCGGAUUCAAGCCGAAGACCUAUUUGAGGUCAAGGUUGACAUAAUCCGGAAGAUGGCGGGCCUGCAUCCAAGUGGCGAUUGGAUGGGACGGGGGGCGCGGGCCCUGGACAACCCCCGUACGGCCACUGGUGAAGAACACUUGGCUAGGUUGCAUCAAAUGCUUGACGACCUACAGAGCGGGAAUUUUCCAUCUGCAACCUUCUGUCGAAAGAGUCCGCUUACGGGCGGGUGAGGAUCAACACUCUGCCACCUAGACAUGGCUCAAAACGAAGGGGUAAGGCCAAGUGUUCUUAAAACAAAACUCUCAGUGCACUUCGGAGCACGGUCUUCCGUUAGGUCCUUUACGGACGACGAAAGCCAGCCCCUUGGCUAUACUCUACUCUUCGCCUCCGGCUGUUCUUUCCUUUUGGCUCGGCGGAGCUGAGCUGGGUUCCAUUACACUCUGUAGGAAAUGCAUAGACAGUCCACGCAGCAAACCGAGGCCCUGCGUGCGCCGUACGUACCGCCUACGAAUAAUAGGUAGCCCCACCCCAGGCAGAGUUUGUGAGCCGUGUAAUAGGCGACCAUUUCGCGCGGUUCGGGGGGCACUUGAAUAAGCCGCCGGCACCCGGCUGCGUCUUUACCCCUAU